UGUGUGUUGCUUGUCAUCAGUGUGUCCUUGACUGCAUAGACCAGCAGCAGGUUAGCUAGAGAGCUACAACCGCCGGAUUGGACGAGCUAAAAGGGAACGGAGCAAAAGCAUAAGAAUCCACCUGAACCAACGCACUCCAAAAAGUGGCCAUGGCUUUCUUGAUCAAGAGCAUGAUCGGGAACCCGCUGUCGGGAAUAGGCCUCGGUGGCGGAGGCGACAAGGAGGAGGAGGCCACCCCCUCGGACCCGGCCAAGGCGGCGGGGAUGACCCGGGAGGAGUACGAGGAGUACCAGAAACAGGUGGUGGAGGAGAAGAUGGAGAGGGAUGCAGAUUUCUUGCACAAGAAAGCCGAGAGGGCGACGCUGAGGGUGUGCCUCAGGGAAAAGUACAGGCUGCCUAAGAGCGAGCAGGACGAGAACAUGAUCGAGAUGGCCGGCGACGACGUGGACGUGCCCGAGGACCUGCUGAAGAUGGUGGACGAGGAUGCCACGGAGGAGGAGGGCAAGGACUCCCUCAUGGGCCAGAUUCAGAACUUGCAGAACAUGGACAUGGACCAGCUGAAGGAGAAGGCGUCGGCCACCGUCACCGAGCUCAAGACCAAAGCCGAGGAGAAGUGCGCUUUAAUGUGAGGCGGCGACCCGGAAGAGGACGAAGACCUGUGAUGCUUUGGAGUCGAACUACAUUGCGAUGUGAAAGCCACCAUUAGAUUUCUUGUUUUAGCCACGCUUUUUCUUUGUUUCAUUAACAGACUACCCCAUGCUUCAUGGGGGAAGACAAAUUAAUACCAUUAACCACACAAACGGCGAAAAUAAAUGUACGUAUUUGCACUUUAUUCCAGAUUCUUUUUUAGCCCAGUCGCCGACCUGCUUUAAAGUUGUUUUUUCUGCGUUUUACCGUAAUCCUGUGUGUGUCUUACCUUAAUGUUAUUAUGGCAACAUGGCCGCUGAGAUCAACAAAACAACAAAACUAGUGGUGGUUUAGACUUUUGCACACAACUGCAUAUUAAUUGAAGCAUUAAAAAUACUUGCAUUAUGAUCGUUUUAACAUGAUUGUGACCAUUUUCCCUGUUCAAUAUUUAACACUUUGAAAAUAAAUACAUUAAUAUAUGUAUGUAUAUAUGUAUACGUUAGGUCAGAAAAAACACAGAGGCCAUAUCAUCCCUACGAACCUGAUUUUAUCCUUCGACGAGCAGGAAAACCUGCGAAUCAGGCUUGUAGGGAUGAUAUAGCCUCUGUGAUAUUUUCUGACCUAACAUAUAUAUCGCUCUACCCCGGUAUUGAGCACUGUAUAACGGAUAAACCACAGAAACCUCAACUCUAUAUACAUAUACAUAUACAUAUAUAUAUAUGUAUAUGUAUAUAUAUAUAUAUAUAUAUAUAUAUAUAUAUAUAUACAUAUAUAUAUAUAUAUAUAUAUAUAUAUAUAUAUAUAUAUAUAUAUAUAUAUAUAUAUAUAUAUAUAUAGUAACACUUUAGUAUGGGGAACAUAUUCGAAGUAACAAAGACUUGGGCCGGUAUAGCUCGGUUGGUAGAGUGGCUGUGCCAUCAACUUGAGGUUUCCAGGUUCGAUCCCCGCUUCCGCCAUCCUUUUCUCUGCCGUUGUGUCCUUGGGCAAGACACUUUACCCACCUGCUCCGAGUGUCACCCACACUGGUUUAAAUGUAUCUUAGAUAUUGGGAAUCACUAUGUAAAGCGCUUUGAGUCACUAGAGAAAAAGCGCUAUAUUAAUAUAAUUCACUUCACUUAAUUUAGAGUUAUUUGGACUCUAGGGGAACAUAUAAGGGUUAGGGCUAGGGCUAGGGUUACUAAUAAGCAAUAAUUCUAAGGUUAUUGAGGGAAGACUCUUAGUUAAUGGCUUACUGCUUGUAUAAUAAGGCCAUGCAGAAUAAGGCAUUAAUAAGUACUUAAUAAUGACUAAUUAAGAACCAAUAUGUUACUAAUUUGCAUGUUAAUAAUGGUUAAUUAAUGAUAAAUAUGUUCCCCAUACUAAAGUGUUACUAUGUAUAUAUAUAUAUAUAUAUAUAUAUAUAUAUAUAUAUAUAUAUAUAUAUAUAUAUAUAUAUACAUACAUAUGUAUAUAUAUAUAUAAUUAAUACUGAAAAAAGCCAUAUUUACAUCCCCUAUGUUCAGAAAACUAUCAUAAAUGAUACAAUUAGUCUCCUUAAAAGGUGUUGUUUACAGUCCAAUAUGUCAAGGUCUUACAGUAUGAAAUAAUUACAGUACACAUGUAUUUUGUUAGAGUGUUUUGAGUCUCGACUUCCCUUCUGGUGGUUCUAGUAGAUUUCUUUUGUAUGUAUGUUGUGUUGGAGUUCAUUAUAGGAGGUUUAUAGAGGUGGUUUCUGUUGUCGACGCAAAGCAGGCGCUUGUUCCAACCCUCACAUGCUGAUUUGAAUGACAUAUAAAGAUGACAUCUGCUCAUUCGCAGGAUUGCACAAGGUGAAAUCAAAAAGCACUGUACAUAAAAGCAUGAGACUUAUUAAAAUAAAAAGGUGUAUUAUGUACUA